AUCUCCAAAACCAAUACACCAAUUUCAAGAACACGCUCCAACAGCUGGCACAGAAGAUCGGAGAUGUCGAGCAGGAAGCCGAGGAACACAAGUGAGUGGCAAACAGACGGGGGACGAACAUAGCUUCAUACCAAGCAUAAAAAAGACGAGCAGUACAGUUGACACGGCUGACACCAAAUGAUAAUCCAGACUCGUGAUCGACACGCUCGAACCUCUGCCCAAGGAUCGGAAAUGUUUUCGAAUGGUCAACGGGGUUCUGGUCGAACGGACAGUGGAUGACGUGCUUCCAUCUCUCAAGAUGAACUCGGACGGACUGAAGCAAGUGCUGGACGACAUGCUCAAGCAGUACAAAUCCAAGCAGGUCGAACUAGACAACUGGAAGAAGAAGAACAAUAUCCAAGUUGUGCAACCGUGAGGCAGCUCCAUCGACCCAGCUGCUAUAUGGAAAAUGUCUAGUAGGGUUUAUUAUUAUCAGCAUAGAGCAAUGGAAUACCAGGCGUUACGGCAUGACCAGUUGAGUUGUCUCUAAAUAAUCCUUGGUUGGAUCCAUGUCUAGAUAUAGCCAUGGAUUCAUCUGUAAUACCGCUGCAUAUAACUAUUAGUUCCCUCCAUACAUAAUAGUGCCCGCGACAUGAGUUUAAUGCAGUUCCCAUAAUGACAGCAG